AUGCACAUGUCGACCUCCUCUACUAACCAGCUCCCCUCUCCGUCCGUGGAGGAAACGGACGAGAGCCAUGAGACGGCGGGCUCCGCGCUGCACGCCAGCGAGAUGGUCGUGCACAAGACGCGCCGGCCACACAGAAAGUCACGAUACGGUUGCACAAGAUGCAAGGUUCGCAGGAUCAAGCUGGAGCAGAUCCUGCCACCCCCGGAGGUCGACCUGUUCAGGCACUUCCUGGAGCACACCAGCAGGGAUCGCACCGUGGGCGACCAGGACCGGUACACGAUGCAGGUUGGCAUCCCGAACCUGGCCUGCCAGAGCAAGCCCCUGAUGCGAUCGGUGCUGGCGCUGGCCGCGGUAUGCCGAUGCUGCGACAUUAUCAGGGACGAGCCCUCGCGGGCCCGUACCCCGUCCGGCCGCGGCGAGAUCGUCGAGCUGCUGUCGCUGGCCCACCGAUACCACCUCGGCUCCCUCCGCGAGAUACAGGCGACGCUCUGCGAGGCCGACAACUACGACCACGUCCUCGCCAACGCCGCCAUGAUGGGCAUGUACGGCUCCGCGAGCUACGCGGCCCGCGUCUGGCUCGCUAAGACGGCCCCCCCGGGCGAGCAGCUGCACCUGCUUGACUGCAUGAUGCUGCCCGGGACCCCCCAGUGGCUGAGCCUCUUCCGCGCCGUCCGUCUCGCCUACGCCGGCCUCCUCAGGAACUCGCCACAGCACAGCCCGGCCAUCUCGCCGGCUGCUCUGUCCACCCAGUACGAAUACAAGUCCCUCCUUCCCCCGCAAGCCAGCGGCUCAUCCGCACCCAGCACGCCGGGACACGACGACGACGACGCGGCUCGCUUCCCCGUCGUGACGGACAUCGCCAACGACUCGGUCGGGCGGCUGGCGCACAUCUCGCCCUGGCUGCGCCGGUACACGGCCAGCAUCUCGUCCAUGAUACCGUCGCAGGUGCCCCGGCGGGUCAUCAUGUCCCUCGUGCACAAGGUCCCCACGGCCUUCCUGAACCUGGUCGAGGACAUGAUCAACCUGAUCAACGCCGGCCCGGCUGCGGCGGGGGCGGGGGCGGGCGGGCGGCCGAUGCCCGAGCCCAGCGCGGCGCACCAGCUCGCCCUCGAGAUCUUUGCCAACUGGCUCGUCCUCGUCAUCCUGCUGGACGACGUCUGGUGGAUCGGCGGCAUCGGCGCCUGGGAGCUCGCCCGCUUCGUGUCGGUCAGGAGCUACCCCGGAUGGGAGGCGUGUCUCUGGAACCGGGACAGGGACUGGUGGCCCGAGAGCAUGCUCACAAUCAGCCGGCAGUUUGAAAAGCACAGGUGA